AUGGCGGCGCCGCUCGCCGCACUGUGCAAGGGCGAUCGCAGCGUUCGCGAUCGUGCACGCAUCUUCUUUGACCGCGUAAAGAUAUGGGAGACGCAAGGGAAUGCACGGAGUGUGCAGGAAAUUAGCUCGGGGGUGCCGGCGGUAUGCGUUUGGCUCGCCAAUGAAUCACUCCAAAGUACGGCCGUUGGACGCGAGGAGCUCGUCAAGGCUUCAGGGCUAGCACCAGACCAGUUUUCCAAGGCAGAGCGCAUGAUCCAGGAUAUCGUGCAGCCGCCGUCGCGGCCCAGGACCCGGCGCGAAGCGCCGAGAGCGCCGGAGCCGGUGGUGCGCACGCCGCCCAAAGAGAAGCGCCUCGACAAGGCCACGCUUCUCGAGCGUGCCAAGGCGGUGCAGAGCGGAGCCAUGUUCCGGCCGCCUGUCCCGGAUGCUCCAGUGCGAGAGCCAAGCGAAGAGACGAGUGUCCCACGGAAGGUCGAAGCGACGCCCAAAGGCACGCCAGAGGUCGUUCCGGAGCGCAAACGACGCGCAUCCAGUACACCACAGGAUAUACCCCCGCCGCCCGCAGACGACAAGAACGCGCAGGCCUUCCAGCGCCUCUUGUCCCUCGGCAUGCCGGCCCACCGCGAGGGACUCAAGUUCGAGGUACAGCCCCGCCGCAAGCGCGGCCGCCCGCCGGGCCAGAAAAAGUCGCCUGCGCAACUGAUGCGUGACGAGGCACUGGAAGCGCUCUGGAAGGCAAACGCCGAGCACCCUACGUCGAAUGGCUACAUGCCUGCCCGCUAUGCCGCCCAGGCCAAGCUGUCGAGAGAAGAAGCGCAGUGGCUCUGCCCCUUGCCGAUGCCCAUGAUCAUGUCUACUGCGAAUCCCGCCACGGUCCAGGCGCUGCCGUCGGAAGUAUGGGCACGGUGGGCCCAACUCGUAGACCUCGAAUAG